CCUCCACUACCUCCACUACCACCUCCACUACCUCCACCACCUCCACUACCUCCACCACCUCCACCACCUCCACUACCUCCACUAACUCCACUACCUCCACUACCACCUCCACUACCUCCACUACCUCCACUACCACCUCCACUACCUCCACUACCUCCACUACCACCUCCACUACCUCCACUACCUCCACUACCUCCACUACCUCCACCAACUCCACUACCUCCACUACCUCCACUACCUCCACUACCUCCACUACCUCCACUACCACCUCCACUACCUCCACCACCUCCACUACCUCCACCACCUCCACCACCUCCACUACCUCCACUACCUCCACUACCUCCACUACCACCUCCACUACCUCCACUACCUCCACUACCACCUCCACUACCUCCACUACCUCCACUACCACCUCCACUACCUCCACUACCUCCACUACCACCUCCACUACCUCCACUACCUCCACUACCACCUCCACUACCUCCACUACCUCCACUACCACCUCCACUACCUCCACUACCUCCACUACCACCUCCACUACCUCCACUACCUCCACUACCACCUCCACUACCUCCACUACCUCCACUACCACCUCCACUACCUCCACUACCUCCACUACCUCCACUACCUCCACUACCUCCACUACCACCUCCACUACCUCCACCACCUCCACUACCUCCACCACCUCCACUACCUCCACUACCUCCACUACCACCUCCACUACCUCCACUACCUCCACUACCUCCACUACCACCUCCACUACCUCCACUACCUCCACUACCUCCACUACCUCCACUACCACCUCCACUACCUCCACCACCUCCACUACCUCCACUACCUCCACUACCUCCACUACCUCCACUACCUCCACUACCUCCACUACCUCCACUACCUCCACCACCUCCACUACCUCCACUACCUCCACCACCUCCACUACCUCCACCACCUCCACCUCCACCACCUCCACUACCUCCACUACCUCCACCACCUCCACUACCUCCACUACCUCCACUACCUCCACUACCUCCACUACCUACUCCACUACCACCUCCACUACCUCCACUACCUCCACUACCACCUCCACUACCUCCACUACCUCCACUACCACCUCCACUACCUCCACUACCUCCACUACCACCUCCACUACCUCCACUACCUCCACUACCACCUCCACUACCUCCACUACCUCCACUACCUCCACUACCUCCACUACCUCCACCACCUCCACUACCUCCACUACCUCCACUACCUCCACUACCUCCACUACCUCCACUACCUCCACCACCUCCACUACCUCCACUACCACCUCCACUACCUCCACUACCACCUCCACUACCUCCACUACCACCUCCACUACCUCCACUACCACCUCCACUACCUCCACUACCACCUCCACUACCUCCACUACCUCCACUACCACCUCCACUACCUCCACCACCUCCACUACCUCCACUACCUCCACCACCUCCACUACCUCCACUACCUCCACUACCUCCACUACCUCCACUACCUCCACCACCUCCACUACCUACACUA